GGGGCUUUGAAAAAGAGAGUACAGCUGUAGUUUGGCCAUCCACUCCAGGCUCCAGGUACCAAUAGCGGUACCAGUACUACUGUACGGUAGUAUGACCAGCCACUACAAUGACGAAGAUUGAAGAGAAAAGAGUGGCAUCAGAGAGCUCUGCGAGCCACUUUGGGCCUCCUUGCGGGCAAGAAAGUGCUCUUUUUCUCCGCUUGAGAGGUUGAGGCAGCUUCAAAAGAUAUCACAACGAGGCUUUUGCCCUUUCGCCAAGGAGAUUCACGACCAAGGUAGCAAGCUCUAGCUGCAGAUUACUUCGUAGCUCAUUGACUUUCAAAGCCCUGCUUUUGCUCUUACGUCUUCACCAUGGCCAAACCUGUCCCUACCAGCAGUGAAUACCCCACUGAGGUAUCACUCCCGACCUCACCUUGUUCCUUUGAUAUGUCUGUUUCGUCGAUUGAGGUAUCUGUGGUGUCGCUGGAGAUGGAACAAAGAAGAGAAAAACGAAGGCGCCGCAAAUCCUCUCACCAGCAGUCUCAUGAAAAGACAGCUCUGCGUCGGUCUCUCUCGGAUGAAGAGAACAAGGCUCGAUGGCAGGGCGUGAAUGCCAUCGAUGACAAGCAGACUCUAAGUGUGCCGCGACGCAAGCGCAGUCACCCCAUUCUCCUUGACGUGGACGAGGAGACCAUGACGAACGAGGAAGAAGACAAAAGCAACUGGAAUGCUGACCGCUUCUCAAGCCACAGCAGCAGCCGCCACAUCAGCAACGAGGAGGAAGAAGAGAACCGCAGGUGGAAUGUAGACCGGUUCUCCAAUCAGAACCGCACCACCAGCACCAGAAGACUCGCACGGAAGGACAGCUUUGGUGUGCAAGAACUCACACAGUCGUUGGAUGUCUCGGCCCGAAGUCCCAGAUUGCCCCGUCGCACCGCCAGCUCCAACAGGAAUCUCCUAGAAUUCGCAGAUGAUGACUGUACUAACGACGAUGCCCACAACAGCUCCAAGAUUCUCAUUCCCCAGGAUCAAUUGAUGCCUGACCUGACAGAGUUCGGACCUCGUCAGGUGAGCAACGACGCCAGCUGCUUCGAGGUGCUACCACCCGAGUUGCCUAUUCGAAAAGAGAGUGUUUUGGACCUCAAGUUCCAUGCAAGCCGAUCCCAUGACUGUUUUCAGCACACCAGCCAAGAAUGUCCGUCCUGAGCAAGCAGAGGUGAGCCUUGGCAGCUUGGAGGCGA